GGAAACACAAAUGAAGAGGAUUAGAAACAGCCUGGCGAGUCCCGAGCCGCUACAGGGAGCCACGUCAGGUCGACCGGCACACGGGAAACACGACGACUCUACAGCUGCUCUCACGGCCACGGGACGACCACCCGGCAGGACGACCACCUGGCAGGACGAGCACCCGGCAGGGAGAGCCCCGCCGCCCGCAGCGCGGGAACAGGAGGCGGCGCUGGUGCGCUUGCACCGCCGAUGAAGGAGGAGAAGAAGAAGGAGAAGACGUAGAAGAAGAAGUAGUAGUCGUCGUAGUAGAAGAAGAAGAAAAAGAAGUCGUAGUCGUAGUAGAAGAAGAAGAAAAAGAAGAAGUCGAAGAAGAAGAAGAAGAAGUACAAGUACCUGAAUUUAACUUUCAGUGGGAAAGAUGAUCAGAGAUCAACACAUGAAAGAAGGAGACAGUGAAGGAGACAGUAACAGCGAAGGAGACAGCGAAGGAGACAGUAACAGCGAAGGAGACAGCGAAGGAGACAGCAAAGGAGACAGCGAAGGAGACAGUAACAGCGAAGGAGACAGCGAAGGAGACAGCGAAGGAGACAACGAAGGAGACAGCGAAGGAGACAGCGAAGGAGACAGCGAAGGAGACAGCGAAGGAGACAGCGAAGGAGACAGCGAAGGAGACAGUAACAGCGAAGGAGACAGCGAAGGAGACAGCAAAGGAGACAGCAAAGGAGACAGCGAAGGAGACAGCGAAGGAGACAGCGAAGGAGACAGUAACAGUGAAGGAGACAGCGAAGGAGACAGUGAAGGAGACAGUAACAGCGAAUGAGACAGCGAAGGAGACAAUAACAGCGAAGGAGACAGCGAAGGAGACAGUAACAGCGAAGGAGACAGCGAAGGAGA